ACACGAAGUUAAGCAAAAAGCGGAAAGGUUCUGUUGUGGAAAUUCAAUAAUUUUAAGCAAAAGGAGUAUAUAAAUACUUAAUAUUCUAAUGAAAUAUAUAAUUAAUACUCUAAUGAAUUGUAAGGGAUUUUAAUAUUGUGGGAAACAUACUGUAAGUGGUAAGCAUUUUCGCAAAAACAACAAUGUCGAAGGAAAAAGAAGAAAAUCAAGAAAACAAACAAACUGACCAGAGCGCAGGUGGCAGCGGCAAUGGAAAAUUUGGAUUGAGUCCGGAAUCUGAUGGUAUUACAAGUUGUGGCACAGGCCAUUGUAGUGCUGUUCAAGGAGCGGAAUAUAAAGAGCACAAAAAAACUGCACUCGACGAGUCACCGCCUUCAGUAUCACUAACACCGACUCCUACUCCGUCUCCAACUACUGACAAUCGGCGUGAAGGCAUUGGCGCCUGUUCAUCAAACACACUUUGUGAGAAUGAAGAUUACGCAUUACACAAAAGUGUUUUUGAAGGCGAUUUUAAGCGAUUAGCGCGACUUAUUCAACGAUCUCCAGCCGGUUGGCAGCCUCAAGAAAAAAUCGCCUGCAAAGAUAAGCACGGUAAUACACCCUUGCAUCUGGCUGUUAUGCUCGGUAGAAAGGAAUGCAUACAUUUGUUGCUCGCUCAUGGUGCGCCAGUUAAAGUAAAAAAUAAUGAAGGUUGGUCACCGCUAGCUGAGGCAAUCAGCUAUGGUGAUCGUCAAACAAUUUCGGCCGUGCUGCGUAAACUUAAACAGCAGUCCCGUCAGCAUAUGGAGGCUCGGCGUGCUAAAUUAGUUCGUGCUCUUCAGCAAAUGAAAGAUUUUUAUAUGGAGUUAAAAUGGGAUUUUGCAUCCUGGGUUCCACUAGUGUCACGCAUGUUGCCGUCCGAUAUCUGUCGUAUACACAAGUCAGGAGCAACACUUCGACUCGAUACGACAUUAGUAGACUUUAAUGAUAUGCGCUGGGAAAGAGGUGAUAUUUCUUUCAUCUUUCGAGGCGAUCGCCCGCCACAUGAAUCAUUGACGGUGUUAGAUAACGAAUAUGAAUGUUAUCAGCAUGUUCGAUAUGAAGAUGCAGAUAUCGAAGACGAGGUGGAUGUGCUGAUGUCCACGGACAUUUUAGCGGCCCAAAUGUCAACAAAAAGUAUACAAUUCGCUCGAGCACAAAGUGGCUGGAUUUUCCGCGAAGAUCGAAAGGAAUUGGUUAGUGGACAGUAUCAGUGCGACUUAUAUUCAAUACAAGGCCUAGUCCUGAAGCAAAGGAAAAGGCGGGAGCACCUUUCCCACGAAGAUCUGCAAAAGAAUAGAGCUAUUGUCGACUCGAUAACCCGAGGGGGUCGUCGAGCAAGCGUAACCAGCGCGAAUGGAGCAGGGGGAUCCAGUGGCGAAUCAGCAAAUGGAUCCGCAACAGAAAUGCCACGAAGAAGCUCAUUGCAACCACCGAAUCCACCCACAGCUACAUGGGAGGAAUACAUUAAUGCGCCUGCCGGUAAGUGCCCCCAAUUGGGACGUCCACCAGUACAUAAACAAUCAAACAAAACUAUACGGGCCACGGUAGCUAUGAGUAAAGAUUUUCCGCUUAGUGUAGAAAUGCUGCUAAACGUGUUAGAGGUAAUAGCGCCCUUCAAACACAUAAAUAAAUUACGGGAGUUUGUUACAUUAAAAUUGCCCAGUGGAUUUCCUGUCAAAGUAGAGAUACCUGUGCUUCAUACUGUAACAGCAAAAAUAACAUUUCAAAAGUUUGAAUUUCGUGACAACAUACCAGAAACCCUGUUCGUCGUACCAUCGCAUUAUGUUGAAGAUGCACGUCGUUUCCCAGACUUAUGACCGGCGGCGCCUCCACAACAACAAACAGCGGACAGUGUUGAUUUGAACCGAAAUGCUACCAGCGAAAACUCAAUACCUACUCCAACAAGCACUAGACCGAAGUCGCAUGCCAGUUUCGACGAAAUCGAUUAGUGUACAUACAUAUACAGAAAACCAAUGAGGAUCUACGAUAAUCGCAGUCAAACGUUAUCUCCGACGAACUACAAAUAUGUAUUACAAGUAUUAGUCGUCGUAUUAAUCGAGUAUAUUACGUUCAAAAACAACAGGAUGUUUAAAAGAGAAUUGUAAAUAUCCAAAUACAGAUUAUGGUGCAUUUAUACUGUUUUUCCGACGGCUUUAUUAUGUAUUUUGCCCAAAGACAAUGUGUACCCAUAUGUGCGUAUAAAUAAAUACAUGUAUAUACUAUAUGUACACAAAUGGCAAAUGUUUGAAAAUACAUACAUAUAUUAAAUCCGUUUCCAAUCAACUCCGUCGCGCCUUAUCAAUGAAAGGUAUAUAAUUUGGUUGAAUUAAGGAAUUGAAAUGCUGCUAGUAAAACGGUAAUUUUAAUUUUGACACUAUCUUCUGAUAUCAUUACUUGAUUUGCUGUAGUAAAGUAUAAUUUCACUUAUCGGAGUAUGUUAAGGCGCAAUACAAGCAUUAAUAUUUGAUUAUGCCUGUUUUCUUCAAGGACUAAAUUUUUAAAACUGUUUAAUUAUAAGUAGUAUAAGUGUGGCAUCAAGGCGUAUUCUCAAUUCAAACAUAGGAAGUAUUCGGAUUUAUGUCACUUGUGUUUUUUUGGUAAACCAAAAACUUGUUGUCGUACGUAUAUACAUCUGACCAUAAAAAUAUCAUUGGCUAUAAGAGGCAUAUCAGUUUAGUAUGACAUCAAAAAAAUAUUAGCACAUAAAUAUUAUAUUCAUGAAAGGCAUUAAAUAUUGUUAUAUUGUGUUAGUGUGUAUAUGUUGUUUGCCAUUACCAAUACAUGCAUGUUAUUUUAAUUUAUUGUCGCAAAUCAUAUUUAUAUUAUUACGCAAUUAGUUAAUUUUUCCGCAUAAAAUAUAAUAUCCACAUGUUGAUAAAAUGGAAAAUUCUGCUUAUCAUUCUCAUUGAUACGAGUUGACGCUAUCUAUAAUGCGUGUAUGUGUAUUUACAAUAUAUACUUUUAUGAUUUAUUUGCAGGCUGUAUUUCUUCAAUGUUAAAAAAUUAAUUUAACAUUCAAGAAAAGUGUGGAAUUUUAGGGGCUUUUAAUUCUUUUUCAAAAAUCUUGUCGUUUAAGGUCAAGGUUAUGAUAGAUUUCGCUUUUUCUGGACGUACAUAAACGUGUAUACAAUUAGAUGUAUAUGCAUAUGUUCAUUAUAUAUAUAUGUACAUACGUACAUAUAUACAUAGUUUAGUGCAUAUAUUUCAGAUGCAAUUAAAUCGUAAGCAUAAAACUAAAUACCAUGGCUACAAAGGCUAAAUGUAGAACUUCACUGUUAGUAACUAGGUUACCCAGGAAACACCGUUCACAAAACUUAAAAUUAAUAUAACUAGUUUAUUAAUACUUGAUAAAAAAUUAUUUAAUGCAUUCCCUAUUCUUAACUUGCGAAAUGCUAUUUGUCACAAUUUCGUAAUUUUUUUCAUAAUCUAACCAAAGUUUUAUUAACUAUUUAUUAUAUAUAUAAUAUAUAUAUAUUAUUUUUUUUUUUGGAGAGCUCUUGCUACGGUGUUUUUGCAUUGAUUUUAAAAAAAUAAGCAAGAUUCUGAAAGGUUAUUUAUCUGCUAACAUUUUGGUUAUACUGACUUAUGUUUGGCUAAAUAUUUUGGAAGCUGCAUUCAAUAAGACAAAGGUACUUUGUUUCGAUAUUUUCAAAAUCGGCGGGCACGAUAGGUCACUAUAUGUGAGGGGAAAAGAACAAUGUACAUGGCUUGGAAAUUAACGUUUUAACUUUUAUUUAUGGAGUAUGAACACUGCAUAUGUUAUAAAAGUUAGGAAUUUUUCUUUAAUUCAUUUUUCUUCUCUUCUUUGGUCAAUUUUUGGCGUUUUUGUAUGAGCUUCUGCCUCUUUGCAGCCUCUCUUUCUUUUUAUCUUUCGGCGGCAAAUUGUUUUUUUGCUUCCGCGUCCGAUUUCUUCUGAGCUGCAACUGCUUGCUCAGCGCGUAAUGACUCUAACAUCACUGCAUCUGUGAGAAGUGCAGCUUUACGUCGCUUCCGGCCUCGAUUUGUUGGUUUGCGCAGUGGAGCUUUAGGAAACGGCCAAAUGUCCUCAAUUGGAAUUAAUAGGUCGAGACUCGAUCGAUCUGGCUCUUGAUCGGCAUUCGAUAAAACAGGCUCUUCAUGGGCAUUCGAUGGACCAGUCUCUUGAUGAGCAAUCGAUGGACCAGCCUCUUGAUCUGGUUCGUCCUCGUACGGACGAUCAGUUACGAAUGCUGGCGUGAAAUCAUCUUCCGAAAA